GUCAGCCGCACUCCUAGGGGCCCAAGAGAGUGGCCUUACGACCUGGUCCACUGCCUCCCUCCCCAGGCUCCCAAAGGCCAGAGGCCAAUCUGCUAUUAGGGUGGGUGUGGUGUUUGGUUUGCACUCAGCCCUUCUCUUGGGGCUCCUCUGAGCUCCAUUCACACCAGAAAGGGAGCAGGAGAGAGGACAAGUGGAUCCAGCAGCCUCGACUCCAGGGGCAUAAGGGGAUUGCUUCCUUUUCCUGAAGGACACUCCCUUCUGAUGGUGAAUGGGAACUCCCUUCUGCCGGCAGCAGCCUGCCUGCGGUGCUCCUGGCGGGGCAGUGUGGACACUGCCCCAGAAAGAAAGCUCCUCAGAGCCAAGGCAAAGAGUUCUAAAAGCGCCACAACUAGCAGCUGAGCCAUGGCUGAAGGGGAAAUCACCACCUUCACAGCCCUGACUGAGAAGUUUAAUCUGCCUCCGGGAAAUUACAAGAAGCCCAAACUCCUCUACUGCAGCAACGGGGGCCACUUCUUGAGGAUCCUUCCAGAUGGCACGGUGGAUGGGACAAGGGACAGGAGCGACCAGCACAUUCAGCUGCAGCUCAGUGCGGAAAGCGUGGGUGAGGUGUAUAUAAAGAGCACCGAGACUGGCCAGUACUUGGCCAUGGACACCGACGGGCUUUUAUACGGCUCACAGACACCAAAUGAGGAAUGUUUGUUCCUGGAAAGGCUGGAGGAAAACCAUUACAACACCUACAUAUCCAAGAAGCAUGCAGAGAAAAAUUGGUUUGUUGGCCUCAAGAAGAAUGGAAGCUGCAAACGCGGUCCUCGGACUCACUAUGGCCAGAAAGCAAUCUUGUUUCUCCCCCUGCCAGUCUCCUCUGAUUAAAGAAAUCUGUUCUGGGUGCCGACCACUCCAGAGGAGCCUUGAGGAGUCCUUACCUGUUUGACCCCCAAAAGUUCCUUUGACUAUUGGCUGCACUAACCCCCAGCCCACAGAGCCUGAAUUUGUAAGCAAUGUGCUUCUAAAUGUCCAGUUCACUUUUUUGUAGUGCCCUUUACCCCAGCACGGUUUGGGACAGAGGGACCAAAUUGCUUCUAGGGUCCAACUGGCUGGCCAGUCUGGGUCUGGGUUUGGAUGUCCAGUUGCCUCUGGACACCUGCUGCAGGCUGAGCCUCUCAGUGCAAAGGUGGAGCCGAAUGAAGUGUGUUAAGGGGGCUGCCAAGUGGGUCAUUAGUAAUUGCACACCACUCCCCUCCCGUGGGUAAAACCUGUCUGCGAUUCCCCCAAACAUCCGGCAUGACUCCCCUUUUCUCCUUUCAGUACCCCACAAAUAUUAGCAGAGAAGCUUAUAGGUUGGUUAAAAGAAGGCAGCAUUCCAUGAGUAGAAACAUGGACAAAGAAAUCUCCCCUCUAGAAGGGAUUUAAAAUGGAAAGGGGAGAUCGGAUUUUUGGUGGGCAGCUUAAAAGGAUGGGAUUUCCAUGCAGCAUAAAUGAAGGAGGGAGGCUCAGCCACAGGAAAGCAGAAUAAAUCCACAGCCUCGGGAGUCAUUACUAUGCCUUGACCUUCCCAAGGUUAUCGGAGCUGCAGGAAGCCCCUGGAUGAUGUCAGGUGGAGAGCACGAGACGUGGUUUCUUGAUAAAAGCAAGGACAUCGGAUGUUGGGAAAUUCAUCUGGGUCUGGGGAGCGGGCGUGGGAGUGAUGAGAAAGAAAGGGAAACAUGACCUGGGGGAUGUUAUUCCUGAACAGGAUGAUUUGAGAAGUGAGACGGGAAGAUAAAUUGACGUCGGGCAUGUGUCGUGCUUGGCCACAGUAAGCUGAGCCUUUGAGGUCCCAGCGCGGUGCUUCUCCAGCGCUGACAUGUCUGCAUGUCAUCUGGGGUCUGCUUUGAAUGCAGAUUUUGAUUCAGCGGGUCUGGGGUCGAGGUUCGGCAUUUCCAACAGGCUCCCAGGUGCUGUGGACGCUGCUGCCUUCCCCCACCAUACCUUAAGGAGCAUUGUCCUCAAGAAUGGUAUUCAAUGACAGUGGCUCAAAUCCCCCACCAUCACCUCACCCCCACCCUUGAAAACGCACCCCCAUGACUCUCUCUGAAUGUUCAGGCAGCAUCGAGGGUAGGAAGGCCUGAGUGAAGGAGCAUGAUUUUAAGGCGCUUUGGCCCAAAGCCUAUAAAAUGCCCGUUUAGAAGAUAGACAAAACAUACUUCAAAAAUGUUAAACCCUCACAAACAGCUUUUCCCAGGAGACUAUUUGUGUUACCAUAACUUGUAUAAAUAUGCUUUCUGCUUAAAGUAAACUUGACCAAGUGGCUAGCAAAUUAGAAACACCAUUCAUCUCUGACAUACGAUACUGAUGCCAUGUAAAGGCCUUUAAUAAGCCAUUUUAAAUGCACUGUGAUACUGUAUGUUUUAAUCACAUUUUAAAAUAUAUAGCUCAAAAACUGUUAAACCGAUUAGCAUUCAGCCACUGAGCAUGGUAAUAAUAGGAUACAAUGUAUAAGCUACUCAACCAUCUAAUACUUACAUUUACCUACACAAUGAGAUUUUUCUUUGUUUUCCACUGUGCUGUUACAAAUUUUCUUCUGAAAAUGGGGACUUUUUAUGCUAUAAUUGUGGAUAAGAACUGAUGUGAGUGUUAGCUUGCGUUUUGUAAGGAACUGAAGUAAUUAUUAACUGAAGAAUAAUUCCUUAGUAAUUGAACUGUCAUAUUUAGAAUGGAAGAAAAAACAAUAAUUUGUGAUAUUUCAAAGCAAUAGUGCAAUUGAAGAACUGAACUAAGUAAGCUGACAUUAUGGGUAACAAUAGUAUUCUGCAUUUGUACAGCAAAAUGAUUUCAUAACCUUUUUUGUUUUUUUAAGUUGGAUAAGAUGAUUUUAUUUUAUUUUAGUAAAUCUUUGCAGGCAAGUUGGGGAUAAGGCAGUAUGGCUUAACAUCUUUUUAGUAUGGAAAUUUGGCCAGAAAAAGGUACCUAGAGAGGAAAUCUAAGAUAUUUACAAUGGUCCAUAAUUUUUAUUGGAUGAGUCAAUUUCAAGUAUAACAUUGGCCAAGAAAAAUUAAAUACCAUUGCUAACAGAUGAGAUGAAAGUCUGUGAUUUCAGAGGCCCAAAACAAUGUAGUAGAAACACUUUUGUGACUGGGACACUCUCAGCCCAGUCAUCAUUCGUGUAUUCAUUCAAUGGGUAUUAAGUGCUUACUGUGUGCCAGGCACUGUACUGGGGCUCCUGGGGGCCUUGUCUGUUAGGUUCGCUGCUGUAUCCUCUCCCAGGGCAUUAUAUUUAUGAUGAAAGAUGCUGUAGAUUCAUUUCUUUCAGUCAAGUGAAAACAAGGACUUCGUAGAUUCCUGCUGAAUAAACAGCAGGUUCCAGAAACCCAGGUUUUGGAAGAAUUAGUAACUCUCAGCACAAGAUAAACCCUUAUCAAAGUGUCAGAGGACGUGGCAAGGUAAACCGAACAUUUUCAACUUUAGAACCGUGUCAGCUUCAGGGAGACGGCUUUCGCAUCAGGAGAAGAUCCGGCCAGAUCUUGUGAGAAGGGAGUGGUUGGCAGUUCUCUGCUCGGUUCUCAACAUGCUGCAGUUCCUUAAACAUGGGAACAUGGCUCUCUCUCUUCCUUAAGUACGUCUCACAGCCAUCUGCCUGUCAUGUGCCUCUCAUGUGGAUUCGUUUUCAGGCCAACUGUUAGGAGCUGCCUGACACUCUGUACAAAGCACCGGGAGCACAUGUGCUUUCGAUUGUUUGCAAUGCAGUGGUGGUGGAGGUUGUUAUCUGCUUCCUUGGAAGGGAUAAUAAUUAAAGCCUCCUCUGGCCAACAGUGUGUAUGUACGAAAAACUGAUUGGACCAUCAGCUGUUCCUCAAGAAUGAGAUCUUUACUUAGUGUAGGAGGCAAGAGAGCCCCAGUCUUCAGCCUUGUAGAGCGCACUGCCUAAACCAACCAAGCUCACGGGCUGCAAAGCAGAUCUCUGAUGAAGACGACGCCUGUCAUUUUACAUCUGUCUCUUUUUUUUUGUAUCACAGUCUGUACCUUACAAAUAUUAAUAAAUGUUCCAUUAGUAGGUGAUAACGUCUCUGACU